AUGCUUCCUAACAGAACAUUAAAAUUUAAAGGAGAAAAAUGUUCAGGUGGUAAAAUGUCCAAAGAACGUCUGACUGUCUUAGUUUCAGCAAGUAUGACUGGUAAAAAAAUGAAACUGAUCAUAAUUGGAAAAUCCCGUAAUCCACGAUGUUUCAAAAACAUCAAUAGUGACUGUCUACCGGUAACAUAUGAAUCUAACUCCAAAGCUUGGAUGACUGCAGAAUUAUGGUCUAAAAUUUUAUUAAAUUGGGAUUUAGAGUUUGGUAGAAAAAAAGAAAAAAUUUUACUCUUAGUAGACAAUUGUCCAGCACAUUGCGCUGUAGCAUUACGCAAUAUUAAACUUGUAUUUUUACCCAGUAAUUGUACGUCUGUUCUUCAACCAAUGGAUCAAGGCGUAAUAAAAUGUAUGAAAACUUAUUUUCGAAAAAGUUUGGUUCUAAAUAUGAUCAAUAAUAUUGAAAACAAAAUUGAAGCAAAUAUCAGCGUAUUAGAUGGUAUAUUAAUGAUUUUUAAAGCUUGGGAAAAAGUAUCAGAGAUUACAAUACGAAAUUGUUUUCGUCACGCUGGUUUCAAUAAUGCAAUACCACAACAAAUUGUCCAAGGAGAACAAGAAGAAGACAUAAGUUUCCCAAACAUAAAUGAAUAUGUUAACUUUGAUAAUGAUGUGCUAACUUCAGAACCAUUAAGUGAUCAAGAAAUUAUUUCUUCAUUGAUUAACCAACCCGAAGAACCCGAGGAAGACGAUAAUAGUGAAGAAGCUGAUACUCCCGAUGGAGAUUUAUCUAUUAAUGCAGUGUUCAAUGCAGCAAAGAUGUUAGCAAAUUAUAUGGCUCUGAAUAACGUAAGUCCAAAGAUAAAUUUUGAAGAACUAGAAAAAAAAAUAGAGCGUGAUUUCUAUACUAACAAAGUUCAAUCUAAAAUAACAGAUUUCUUUAAAUAA